AUGGGUGGGAGAACCACUCUUCUUGUCCUCACCUUUUCUCUUACUGUUCUUAGCAUUGAGCUUGGGAUUUCUCGUGGCUGCCGAGAGACGGAGAGGAAAGCCCUCAUCGACUUGAAGCGUGGACUUCAUGAUCCUUCCAAUCGUCUCUCUUCCUGGGUCGGCGAGGACUGCUGUGCAUGGGAAGGAGUUGUUUGCAGCAACUUCUCUGGUCAUGUUAUCAAGCUGGAUCUUCGGAAUAGACGACGAAUGGAUCUAUAUGAGGAAUGCUCUCAUCAGGAAAAUUCUUAUGAUCCAGGAUGCAAAUGGGCAGUGCGUGGUGACAUGACUCCAUCACUGCGUUCUCUCCAACAACUUGGUCACCUGGACCUCAGCGGCAACUCUUUUACGCAUAAACCUAUCCCCAAGUUCUUUGGAGCUUUCAGAAGACUAACAUAUCUUAACCUCUCAGGUGCAGGCUUCGUGGGUAGAGUACCUGACCAGCUCGGAAAUCUAUCCACUUUGCAGCACCUCGACCUUUCUUAUAACUGCUAUGGGGAUGAUGAAGGUGAUGGCUUCUUCUGCUUGUACCUUGAGAACACGAGAUGGAUCUCUAUGCUCACUUCCCUUCGGCAUCUUAACAUGACUUGUGUCCGGUUUACAAAUGCGGCCAACUGGUUACAAGAUUUGAAUGCACUACCACAAAUACAAGAGAUUGAAUUAAGUUAUUGUGACUUAGGGACCUUUCCACGUUCGCUGUCUCAUGCCAACUUCACAUCUCUCACCACGCUUGAUUUAGGAGGCAAUGAUAUAAACUCCACCAUACCAGAUUGGGUGUUCAAUAUUACUAGCCUCGAGUUCCUUUAUCUUGGUGGGAAUGAAAUAUACGGAUUCUUUCCUAAUUCUAUUGCGAAGUUGACAUCUCUCAAGGCACUCGACUUGUCUGGGAGUGUGUUCCAAGAUGGCUCCAUGCGAUUAGCUCCUAUAUCCAACCUCUGCAAGCUCCAAAUUCUCGAUCUAAGCUAUGUGCCUAUUAACGAUGUCCUUGCCAAUUUAAAAAUGGUUUUCUCUGGAUGUCUUAGGAAUAGCAUGGAGGAAUUGUACCUCGGAGGCACCCAACUGAGUGGUUUCUUUCCGGAUUGGCUAGGGAACAUCAAGAAUCUUAAAUCUCUUGAUCUUUCUUUCAACUCCCUCUAUGGAUCAGUGCCUGCAUCUAUCGGGAAUCUAUCAUUGCUGCAACAUUUAGUUUUAGAUUCCAAUGAUUUGAAUGGGACGAUUUCGAAAGGCAUCGGACAACUAAAGAGCCUUGUUGAUUUGGAUCUCCACAAUAACUCGUUGAGCAUAUCGGAGGAUGACUUGGUUAAUCUAUCGAGUUUGAAGUAUUUGGACAUUUCGUACAACUUCAUUGAAUUAAACAAAAGCGAUGAUUGGAUCCCUCCUUUUCAGCUUCAAAGUCUCUUCAUGGAUUUCUGUCAAAUAGGGCCCACGCCCCAAUUUCCAAAAUGGCUCCGAACACAAACCAUUCUUCAUCGACUACAAUUGUCAAGUGCAGGAGUAAAAGACAUGAUUCUCGAUGGGCAUCCUUCUAGUCUUGAGCAUUUGGAUCUUUCUUAUAACUCUCUCAAUCGAUCACAACUUGUAUCUCUUGGAAACCUCUCUAUGCUGCAAUCUUUGGAUUUAGGAUCCAACAAUUUGAAGGGGAUGCUUCCGGAAGGCAUCAAAUGGUUGAAGGGCCUUACGGAUUUGGAUCUCUACAAUAACUCAUUGAGAUUAUCGGAGGACGACCUUGCUAAUCUACCAAGAACAAUACCACAGAGCUUUGGAGACUUAAAUGCAUUGAAAAGCGUUCCUAUGUAUCAUUGUUGUUACUUCAAAACCACUCAUCUCUACGAGGAAGAUAUGUGGCUUAUUAUAAAAGGAAGAGAAAUUAAGUAUACAACCAUCAGACAACUUUCAAUUGAUACACUUAUUGAUCUCUCCAACAAUUACUUAUCUGGAAACAUUCCUGAAGAAUUGGGGAAUUUGCAUGGAUUGCGGAGCUUAAAUCUGUCCAGAAAUAUCCUUAUAGGUCAGAUACCAUGGAGCAUUGGCAGAAUGAAAAAACUAGAAGUUCUUGAUCUAUCAAGAAAUAAUAUCUCUGGUGCAAUUCCUUCAGAUUUGACAGCCUUGAAUUUCUUGAACCAAUUAAAUUUAUCAUAUAACAAUCUUUCAGGAAGGAUUCCCAUCGGCAACCAGUUGCAAACUUUUACUGAUCCAUCCAUUUAUGCUGGCAAUCCAAAUCUUUGUGGGCCUCCUCUUCUCAAAAAUUGUACGGUGAAUAUAGCGAAGGUUGAUGAAGAAGAGCAAAAUGAAGAUUCUUCUGAGAGUAGAAUGGAAACACUUUGGUUAUACACGAGCAUCACGCUAGGAUUUAUUACCGGAUUUUGGGCAAUUUGUGGAAGCCUUUUGUUGCGACAGACAUGGAGGAUCGCGUACUUCCGCGCCAUUGAUAACAUGUGUGACAAGCUAUACGUGGUGAUGGUAGUGACCGUGGCAAAAUACAAAAGGAAGCUAUGA